AGCAUCCUCCCGAAAGAAAAAAAACAGGAGGCGCAGGACCCCCGAAGAGCCAUGGCGGAAGCACUCGUAUUGAGAGUAGCUAAACUUGCGGAUGAUUUCCCAGAGGGUGGACAAUUAUGGGGCGCUGGCGGCGAAUUGUCCGAGCUGAAGAAACCUUUUCCUUUCUGCCCGAUGCGGAAAAGCUGAGAUUCAGAGGACCCUGGGAGAUCGACCGAUGGCUGUGGGAUGUCAAAGAUGCUUUCUGUGAUGCGGAGGACUUACUCGAAGAAUGGAACCUGGAAGUUAUGCAAUUACGAGAAUGGCCGAGCAAAGAUGAGAAGUUGAACCAGGGGGUCAGAGUGGGAUUGGAAAGCCGGCUCUUGAUCGCUGUCUAUACGAAGAUGACAAGGUCAAGAAGCAUUUCGAUGUAAGGAUAUGGGUCUGUAUGUGUUACAAACACUUAGAUUAUCUCGAAAGCGAAGUAUGAAAAAUCAGAGGAAGAGAGACAACAGAGAGAGUAGAUGACAUGGAGCAACUGUGAAAAUAUCUCCUAGUUAUUGAACAUCUGUGGUAUUUGGCUCCUGAACAAUGGGGGAGCUUGAGAAGUUUAUUGAUGGGAGGUGCCCAAGGAAGCAAGAUUCUGAUAACUACACACAGUUUUUCAGCUGCGGACUUUCCGAGCACAACCCCAUUUUAUUGUCUCGAGGCCCUUCCAACAGAGUCAUCUUUUGAUUUAUUGAUGAGAAUGGCUUGUCAGGAAGAAGAAGAGACUAGAAAUCCAAUUAAGGUAGAUAUUGGUAGGCGGAUAGUCAAAAUGUGUGAUGGAAUCCCUUUGGCAAUACGAAUGAUUGGAAGUCUAUUAUUCUUCAAGAAAACUGAAGCUGAGUGGUUACAUUUUGAGGACGAGAUCUCAGAACUUUCUGCAGAUUUACUUCAGCUCAGUUAUAAUCAUCUCCCAUGCCAUCUAAAACAGUUUUUUGCCUUCUGUUCAUUGUUUCCCAAAGACUGGGUGAUUGAUAAACAAAUGUUGACCAAGUCUCUGGAUGGCAGAAGGAUUUAUCCUGUCCAUAGACAAUGGAGAUUGGGACAUGGAAGAUAUUGCUCAUGACUAUUUCAUGGAUCUACUUGGGAGGAAUUUCUUUCAAGACUGUUAAAGAUGAACUUGGAAAUAUGAAGUCUUGUAGGAUGCAUCAUUUAGUAAAUGACCUAGCACACCAUGUUGCUGGAACUGAGUAUGGAAGAAUUUAUCAUUUGCAGUCACACCUUGAAGAAAGAACUCAUCAUUUGUCAUGGUAUUCAACUUUACAUUUAUCAGAGGGAGAUCCAUAUAUACACGGAGCAUAUUAUCUGAGGACACUCAUCAAAACUAGUCAAAGAAAAAGAUCAAGGUGUGAAACUCAAAUGGGUGAAGAAACUCUUCGCAAAUUUAUUUCUAGUUUCAAGUUCUUACGUGCCUUGGAUCUGCAUGACAGCGGUAUAGAGAAGUUGCCAAGUUCCAUAUGUGAGUUGAAGCACCUGACAUUUCUAGAUUUCUCUGAAAAUGAAGGAAUCGUAAGGCUUCCUGAUUCUUUGACAAAAAUGAAAACCUUGCAAGUACUUAAACUCAAUAUGUGUUACAAGCUAAUAGAAUUGCCUAGGGAUAUAAGAAAAUUGGUCAACCUCAGGCACCUGGAGAUUAGCAACUGUAAUGCCCUAUCAUAUGAGGGAUGGGUGAGUUGACUCUUUUGCACAUUCUAACAGAUUUCAUUUUGCCUGGGGAUGAUUCCUGCCGAGAGAGUUACGGCGGGCUACGGGAGUUGAACAGGUUAAACAGUUUGAGAGGAAGCCUCAGAAUUGAAGUAAAGGGAAAAAUAAAAGAUGCAGUAGCAGAAUCAAAUGGCUCGAACUUGAAGGAGAAGAAUUCCUUAGUUUCACUAGUAUUAGUAUUUGUCGGAAAAGAACGUGAUGAAGUUCUACUCAAAGAGCUGCAGCCAAGCUUAAAUCUUCAAAGCUUAGAACCAAGAGGCUAUGGGGGCGCAAUGUUUCCAAGCUGGAUGUCUCGCAUGCCUAAGUUAGUUCAGCUACGGUUGUUUGAUUGUGCACGAUGCAAAAGUCUCCCAUCACUUGGUGAGCUCACUAGCCUCAAGCAUUUGGAAAUUGGUGAGCUAUCCAUAACAGAGUACACAGAAAGUGAUAUUCAUACCCUCUCAUCACUUCCUAAUCUGUCUACAUUAAGGAUAUGGGAGUGUCCUAAUUUGAACGGAUUCCACAACUUGUACAACUCAAGGAGUUGGGACCUCCUAGUUUGCCUGUGGAGGCCCUUGUAGACUUUAGUUGCCACUACUGAACAUAUAAUUGGUAUUGAUGAUCGAGUGAAGGAUGUAAUCCGAGAAGCAGGAUCAUCCUCACAACCAGAAGAAAAGAUGUUUACCAGAUUCAAAGAAAUGAGGACCAAGUCAUUUCAUAUGAGCAUGACCAUGAGAUUUUACCGAUGAAUGAAAAUCAUGCUCGAACUUUUCCGGAAAUCUUCCUUUUGCUAUUGAUAUUGUGGGAAGAUAUUUGAAUGGGAAGAACGAAAAUAUAUGGAGACAGGCUUUGGAUGACUUAAAAGGAGAGCUGCAAGAGAAAGUGGAACGAAUGUUGGAGGCAUGCUAUAAACUUUUGGGCAAAAAGGCCAGAGAAAUUUUCCUUGAUGUAGCGUGUUUCUUUACAGGGGUUGAAAAGACAAUGCCCUUUUACAUGUGGACUGCUCGUAAACUUGGCCUUGAUAUACGAGUUGAUGAGCUUCAGAACAUGUCCUUUCUAAAAACUGGAGAAAAAAAAAGAGUUUUUGAUGCAUGGCCAACUAAAAUUUCUGGGAAGAGAAAUUGUCAAGAAGGAAGACGAAGACCCCUGGCAGCGGAGCAGGGUGUGGAAUUACGAAGAUGUCCAAACAACAUUGUGCAAAAAGAAGGAGACAUUGUACGGCAGAGAAAAAAGGAGACACCGCCGGGCGACCCGGAGCCUCACGCCGCACCACUGUGCCCACACCGUCGCCACUCUGCUGUGGCCCUCCCUCGACGAGUCUUCACCAUUGUUCCGCCAGUCUCGCCACGACAUCCGGCCCCGCCGUCGACGCACGCAGCUGCUCCCUUGCCGGUCCGUCUCCCUUGCGCGACCCACUGCCGAGAUCUGCCGUCUUGCCCCACCGGACUUCCGUCUGCGAACACCCUAGCAGACGACCCGACGACCGCUCCAGCAACGCCGCGACGACCUACUGCUCUGCCGUGCUGCGACCCGGAGUCUUCUACCCGAGCCGACUGACCCACUGUAGCCCUCUGACGCCGCAACAGCCACGGGUUUCCUCUGUUGCGCUUCCACCUCCGAUCGGUCGCAUCAGCCUCGCCCGAAGCCCAUCGCCACUCUCCUGCCCGUCCGGACCCGAGCCUCCCUAGCUCCGCUCCUGUGCUGCAGCCGCCCUUGCCGGAUCCCCUUUGCCGGACUGAUCAGCCGGCUCGCCUCGGAGAUUCACGGCUGUGUGCGGAAAGGAAGAGAAAACAGAAAAAGAGAAAGAAAAAUCAGAUUAGUACUUUUCCUUUCUUGGCCCGUCACCUUUUUCUUCUCCCUCCUCUGCUGAUCACCGACCUUAGGCCGAUCACCGAGAUCUAGUGCACUUCACCCCCGAAGAGCCAUGGCGGAAGCACUCAUCUUGAGAGUAGCUAAACUUCUGGAUGAUUUCCCAGAAGGUGCAAAAUUAUGGGGCGCUGGCGGCGAAUUUUCCGAGUUCAAGAAAACCGUUUCCUUUCUCCGAAGUAUAUUGCCCGAUGCGGAAAAGCGGAGAUUCAAAGAACACAGGGAAAUCGACCGAUGGCUGAGGAAUCUCAAAGAUGCUUUCUAUGAUGCGGAGGACUUACUCGAAGAAUGGAACAUUGACGUCAUGCCAUUACGAGAAUCGCCGAGCAAAGAUGAGAAGUUGAAGCAGGUAAUUCCCUCCUCCUCUUCGCCUUCUGCAAAACCUGAUUUAAGGCUGGAGAUGAGCGCCCGUGCGAAGACAAUCAGGGAGAGAUUAGAAGCCGUCGCUGCCGAAGGGAGGGAUUUGGGCUUGCGAGAGUGCGCGGAGGAUGUGCGUGUGGAGAGAAGAGAGCGGUUGGACUCCUGUGUGUACGAUGAGGAGAUUAUAGGGAGAGAGGAUGAUAAAAGCGCAAUUAUGAACUUCUUGUUAGACUCUGACACGGAUGAACAAAUUUCUUUCUUUAUAAUACGGGGUCAGAGUGGGAUUGGAAAGACUGCUCUCGCUCGAUGUGUGUACGAAGAUGACAUGGUCAAGAAGCAUUUUGAUUUAAGGAUAUGGGUCUGUGUGGGUUUCAGCGGCUUCCAUAGUAUCGAAAGGGAAGUGAAAAUCAGAGGAAGAGAGACAACAGAGAGAGCAGAUGACGAGGAGCAAUUGCGAAGAUAUCUCCUAGUUAUUGACGAUAUGCAGCCUGUGGAUCCUGAACGAUGGCGGAGUUUGAAAAGUUCAUUGAUGGGAGGUGCCCAAGGAAGCAAGAUUCUAAUAACUACUUCCUUUCAGGAAGUUGCGGAAUUUUUUUGAGUACAUCCCCAUCUUAUUGUCUCGAGGCCCUUCGAGCAGAGUCAUCUGUUGAUUUAUUGAUGAAAAUGGCUUGCCAGGAAGAAGAAGAGACUAGAAAUCCAAGUAAGGUAAAAAUCGGGAGGCAGAUAGUCAAAAUGUGUGAAGGAAUCCCUUUGGCAAUACGAAUGAUCGGACGUCUAUUAUUCUUCAAGAAAACUGAAGCUGAGUGGUCUAAUUUUCAGAACGAGAUCUCAGAAGUUUCUGCAGGCUUAGGUGACUUAAGUUCAAUGCUUGGGUCUUGUUAUAUUUAUCUCCCAUGCCAUCUAAAACAGUGCUUUGCCUUCUGUUCAUUGUUUCCUGAAGACUGGGUGAUUGAUAAGCAAAUGUUGACGAGUCUCUGGAUAGCAGAAGGAUUUGUCCAGCCCAUAGACAACAUCGAUCAGGAUAUGGAAGAUAUUGCUCAGGAGUAUUUCAUGGAUCUACUUUGGAGGAAUUUCUUUCAAGACUGCACUAAAGAUGAACUUGGAAAUGUGACGUCUUGUAAGAUGCACCAUUUUGUAUAUCACCUAGCGUGCAAGCUUGCUAUAGGCGAGUAUUGUCAAGAAACUCAUCAGUUACUCUGGUCAAUUAAUGAAGGAACUCGCCAUCUAUCGUGGGAUUCAACUUCAGAUUUAUCACAGAAACUUCCACCUAGUCUAGUCAAAGCGAAAGGUCUCAGGACAUUCAUCAAAAUGGAUCAGACAAAAAGCGGGAGGCAUGGAACUCAAAUGGGUGAACAAACUCUUUGCAAAUUCCUUUCUACUUUCAAGUUCUUGCGUGUCUUGGAUUGGCAUGAUAGUGGCAUCGAGAAGUUGCCAAGUUCCAUUUGUGAGUUGAAGCACCUGGCAUUUCUAGAUCUCUCUGAAAAUGAAGGAAUCAUGAGGCUUCCUGAUUUUAUGACAAGAUUGCAAACCUUGCAAGUACUUAAACUCAAUAAGUGUAACAAGCUAGUAGAAUUGCCUAAAGAUUUUAGAAAUUUGGUCAACCUAAGGCAACUUGAGAUAAGCGAUUGUAGUGCCCUAUCUCAUAUGCCACAAGGGUUGGGCCAGUUGACUCUUUUGCACACUCUAACAGAUUUCCUUCUGCCCGGGGAUGAUUCUUGUUCAAAGAAUUGCAGUGGGCUGGGGGAGUUGAAUAGGUUAAGCAAUUUGAGAGGAAGCCUAAGAAUAGAAGUUAAGGGAGAAAUAGCAGAUGCAGUAGCAGAAUCAAAUGCUGCGAACUUGAAGGAGAAGGAUUCCUUAGUUUCACUGGUGUUAGUGUUUGCCAGAAAAGAAAGUGAUGAAGUUCUACUUAAAGACCUGCAGCCAAGCUUAAAUCUUCGCUUAGAAAUAAGACGCUAUGGGGGCACAAGGUUUCCAAGCUGGAUGUCCUGCAUGCCCAAAUUAGUUCGGCUACAAUUGUUUGAUUGUGCAGCAUGCAAAAGUCUCCCAUCACUUGGUGAGCUCACUAGCCUCAAGCAUUUGGAGAUUGGUGAGCUACCUACAGUGGAGUACACAGAAAGUGAUAUUGAUACUCUCUUAUCGCUUCCUAAUCUGUCUACAUUAAUGAUAAAGAGGUGUCCUAAUUUGGAUUGGAUUCCACGACUUCUGCGUCCCUCGGAGUUGAAACCUCCUAGUUUCCCUUUGGAGUCGUUGCAGACCUCAUUUGCCCCAAUUGAACAGGUAACUGGUAUUAAUGAUCGAGUGAAGGAGGUAAUCAAACUAUUGGCAAUAGAAGAUGAUGGGGGUAAACCACGCAUGGUUGGAAUCCAUGGAACUAACGGAAUUGGCAAGACAACUAUUGCGAAGGCCGUAUACAACCGAAUCUCCUCAUGUUUCGAUAGUUGUAGCUUUCUCGCAGAGAUUGGUGAUAAAGUGCAAAAUAAUGGCGGUAUCCAGCUUGUGCAAACUAAGUUGAUAUGUGAUAUUCUUGAUCGAGAUUGCAAUGUUGCUUCUUUUGAAGGAGGAAUCGAGUUUUUCUUGGAUGUAUUCAGCAACAUAAAAGCUCUUAUCGUCCUAGAUGAUGUGGAAGAACCGUCUCAUCUUUAUGAUCUAGUUGGUACCCAGCUUGAGUGGUUUGGUCCUGGAAGUCGGAUAAUUGUUACAUCAGAAAAUCUUGGAAUUUUCGAAACAUAUGCAGAAAGGGCUAAUAUCUAUGAGGUGAAUAAGAUGGAUAAUGGUCGAGCUCUUGAACAUUUUCACAAGCAUGCUUCAAUACCUUGGUAUCCUGAAAUUGGGAAGCGCAUUGUCAAAGCCAUGGGGCAGGUUCCAUUUUUUAUUGAAGUUAUCGGUUCACUUCUACAUGGAAAAACAAUAGACGAAUGGAGGAAGAUGGAGGACAUGAUAAAACUACACUCGAGAGAGAUUUUGAAGGAUUGUAGGGAGAUUUUGAAAAUCUGUUAUGAAGCAUUAGAUGAAAAGCAGAAACAAAUAUUUCGGGACAUAGCAUGGUUUGCCAAUGGUGUGGAUAGCCAAAUUGCAUCAUAUAUGUGGCCUGAUUUAGAUCUUUUGCCUUCUUACCAAGUUCUGAUGCCCCUAGCAAAAAUUGGAGAAGACAAAUAAGCUGCGGAUGCAUAAACUGUUGAAGCACCUCUGCAGAGCUGUAGAUCAAGAAGAACCUAUAUAUCAUGUAAAGCGCAGAAGACUAUACAUCAAUGAUCCAGACCUGAAAGUAAUCAACGAAGAAGAGGGAAUGGAAGUGGCGGAAGCCCUUGCCCCGAUACAUUUACGGAAACUUUGCCAAACGUAAGGUUCUUGAAAUUGGACCGUGCAAGUAUGACUGGAAAUUUUGCAGACGUAUUUCCAAAGUUAAGGUGGCUUCGUUGGCAAGGGUGCCCAAGGGAUUUCGAAGCAACAGAACUUAAUCUGACUGAACUGGUCAUUCUUGAUCUUUCAUGGAGCAAAGUCACUAAAGACUGGGGAGGUUGGAGGAAAAUCAAGAUGGAGCAGUUGAAAGUCUUAAAUCUCACUAGUUGCACUGACUUAUUGAUAAGUCCUGAAUUUUCUAGCUUUCCAAACUUGGAGAUACUGAUUCUAGAGCGAUGCUCUCGGUUGGUCCAUUUAGAUCCUUCAAUUGGGGGUCUCGAAAAUUGCUUUGCCUAAAUUUGAAGUCCUGCACUGAACUCAACAGGUUGCCUGCCGAACUGGGUGCUUUGAAAGCUUUGAAAGAGCUCCUCAUUGAUGAGACUUCUGUGUGUGAUAUUUCUUUGCGGAGUGAUUCAGAAGAAGUUGAACACCUGACAUCACUUUCAAUACUCUCAGCAAAUAAUUCAACAAAUAUUACCAAACUCCCCAGUGGAGUUGGCCCGAAACUCCGACGCUUGUCAUUGAGGAAUUGUGAUUGGAUACAAAAACUGCCAGAGUCCAUUGGCCAAUUGGGAAGCCCUUUAGAGGAGCUGGAUAUUUCAGGAACAGGCAUUUCCGAAUUGCCGGGUUCCUUUGGUAAUCUGCAGAGGUUGAGAGUGUUAAAGAUGCACUAUUGCUUCAUAAUAAAAUUUCCUAGUUUUAUUUGGCAUUUACAUAGCCUUGAAGAAAUAGAUGUCUCCUUGUGUAGGAAUAUAGAAGGGGACAUUCCUAGAGAUAUUGGGAAGCUAGAAAAUCUGAGAAUCUUGAGGUUGCGAAAUUCUCCUAUUUCCAGCCUACCUCCUGAAAUCAAGCAUCUUUCGAAGCUGGAGACUCUUGAUGUACUUUACUGCGACAAGCUUCAGGAGUUGCCAGCACUUCCCCCUAGUUUGAUCGUUGUGCAUUUGAGUCCAAAAUUGAAGGAAAAGGUGUCUGACCUGUUGAUGAAGAAGCAUUGUUUCAUCACUGUAUAACUUGGAUGACAGGGUUAUUGAAACCGGUCUUUGUUCUACUUAGCUUUUAUCCGGAUAAUUGUUAAUGUAUCUGCUGAUAUUUCCUUUCAAUGUAUCUGAGCUUCCUCUGA